CAUCGCUCUGCGCGGCAGGAAGAGAAACUGAAGCGACUGAAUAUAAGAGGCGCUUUGUGAUUUUCUGUUUCUACAACUUUCCACUUCAUCUGAGGCACAAACCCGCAGCUCGCACAGAAUGAUGCUGCAGCACUCGGGUCCCUCGCUGGCUGACAUCAGCUGCUCCGCCCUGGUGCCCUGCCUCUCCCCGCCGGGCACUCUCACCCUGGACGACUUCACCAAUUUCACACCGCUCGUAAAAGAGGAGCUGCGGCUCGCCAUCCAGACCAAGAGGCUGUCCAACGGGCUCAGCGCCGACAUGAGCUCCGACGGCGCCAGCUCCAGCGAGGACAGAGCGUCAGAGAGCAACCCCCGCGGGUCCGGUGUCAGGAGAGAGGUGACACCUCAGGAGUACGAGAGGAGGAAGAGGAGGAGGGAGAGGAACAAGGUCGCUGCCGCUAAGUGCCGAAACAAGAAGAAGGAGAAGACAGAGGGUCUGCAAAAGGAAUCAGAGAAACUGGAGAGCGUCAACGCCGACCUGAAGGCUCAGAUCGAGGAGCUGAAGCAGCAGAAGCAGCAGCUGGUCUACAUGCUCAACCUGCACCGACCCACUUGCAUCGUCCGAGCCCAGAACGGCCAAACGCCCGAGGACGAGAGGAACCUUUUCAUCCAGCACAUCAAGGAGAGCACUUUACAACUCCACAACAUUACCUCCUCCAUCGCUGCAACCAACACCGCUGACUCCUCCACCUUAUCCUCAUCCCUGUCCACGGUAUCACCUCUAGACGCCGGGUUUCUGACCCUCGAUCACAUUCAGUGUCCCAGUCACCUAUGAGACACUGGCAAAGCCUCCACUUGCUGCCAUUGGUGGAGCCGCCAUAUAGACUUAUGACCUGAGAAUGCCGUGUAAUAUACGCCACCUUAAGAUGACUCCUGCGUCUCCUUCGCUGUCCAAAGAGAGAAAGAGAGGCGUAGAGUGACAACAGAACCCACCACUCCCUGAAAUCGCAGCUGCUGAUUGGACAGCAGAAAGUGACAUAAAAUGGACUGCACCUUGACAUGCGCUGUGUUUCUUUUAACAGUCAAAACCAAGGACAGAAGCCAAAGCACUAAAAAUAGAACAAAACCAUCAUAUUUGUUUCAAAUUAACAGCUUUUUUUUUUUGUUUUUAAGCGCCUGACUCAGAGUCUGAUUUUUGUACCAAAGUGUGUAUUCAAGGUGAUCAAGGCACAUUAUGUCAAGCAAUUGGAGACAUAUUGACUGUGUGAGUGUGUUAACGAGUGUUUGGGUGUCGAGUCACUGACUGUAAAAAAAAAAAAAAGACAUUGUUAUUUGUGCUUAGUAUAGGAAAUAGUAUAUUUAUUAAGUAACAA